AGGCCGACGCAGACAUUUUAAAAUAAACAUUUAGCUAACGGCUAAAUGCUAUACCAUCAGAGCGCUCGCGAAGGGGCGAGCGCACUGCGCCAUAAAUUAAAUUCAUAUACGCCUAGGUUUGUCAUUUUGUUACAAUUUAAUGAACGGCGCUUCGUGGAUCAUAGAAGAAAGAUAAGCACGAAGAUGUCGAAGACUCUAACGCCGGGAAAGGGAGCUCGUUAACACCGUGGUGAGUGCCUGUUAAGGCACCUUGGUCCACAUUUGUUGGACCAUAGGGCAUUUCACUGAACUAGCAUGAAGAUGGCUGAUUUGGAGAAGACAGAAGAAUUUGUUGAUGCAGAGUGUCCCUCCGAGCGCCUCGACGAAGCACAAUCAACCACCACGUCAGUCCAGGAUGAACAUCUCAAAACCGAGACUACCACAAGUACCAGCUCCCCCCCAAGGGAAAAGGAGGAUGAUAGCCCCUUGCACACAGAGGGUGAGCAGAGUCUCCUCUCCAUGCCCUGUUUGAUGAAGGAGCUUCGCAGAGACUCCCCCGAGUCGCAGCAGGCCUCCACGGGGAGCGAGAAACCGGCCUCCCGUCUCAUCUACGAGAGCGACUCCUCCAACCCGUGCAUGCUAUCCCCCUCGUCCAGCGGCCACUUGGCAGACUCUGACACGCUCUCCUCGGGGGGUGAAGGCGCCAGAGAGGAGACGGAAACUAAAAUGGAAGCAGACGUCGACAAGGAUGCCGACCGGCAACCCAGCGGGAGGAAAUCCCGGCGAUCGCGUUCGGAGAGCGAGGCGCCGCCCAACGCGAUGGCGGCAAAAAAGAACCGCUGUCAGCCAGCGGGAGCAGGCGGGCCGGAGAAGCAGAUCAACGGCAAGCAGGCCAAGGUGAAAGGCCACCGCAGCCAGAAACACAAGGAGCGGAUGCGCCUGCUGCGGCAGAAGCGCGAGGCGGCGGCGCGGAAGAAAUACAACCUGCUGCAGGACAGCAGUACCAGCGACAGCGAGCUCACGUGCGACUCCAGCACCAGCUCCUCGGACGACGACGAUGACGACACCUCGGGAGGCAGCAAGACAAUCAAGACGGAUAUUCCAGCUGGCUUCAGACGUGCGUCGGAGAGAUCCAGAGUGGGCUCCCACAUUCACGGGCUGCUGGACAGCGGCUCGUGGGACAGGAACGGCAUCAGCAGCGUGUUGGAGGAGGCCAUGACACGCUUCGCCGUCAUGCAGCGCCAGACCGAAGAGCGCUUCCGCGUCUGGAUGGAAAAGCUCGCGCACCUCGACUCGGACGACUCGUCCAAGCGCUCGAGCGACGCCCCCGAAGGCGGGCAACAGCAGCAGCCGCCUCCCCAAGGAGCGCGCCCUUCGCCCGCUAGUUCCUUUUUGCCGUCGUCCGAGUCCGCCGAGACGAUGGCCGCCUACGUGUUGGCGCGGGCGAGCAACAACGCCGCCGCUUCCGGAAACAACAACAUCCUACCUGAAGCGGUCACUCAGAACGGAAACCUUGCCGUUCCGGAUCCUGGACUCUUGAAUGUUUAGACGCCACUUCGAACUGUGAUUUCACGAAAUUAUUAUCACGCCAGGACUAGACGCCCGGAUGCUGGCAUUGAAUCACUGUGAGACUUGGGAAUAUUUGCAAACCUGCAUGGGACAUCCCGCCGUAGACUGCCGAGUCAGGGCUACUGUUGUCUUUGGAUGUUUUCUUUUCUUUCUUUCUUUUUUUUUUCUUUCAUCCCCCCCCCCCCCCCCCUCCCUCUUUUUUCCUCUAACUGUACUCUCACACUCGAUCGUGUCAUUCUUCCGAAAACUCAGCCGCCACAGACUGAUGCGCACGGACAGGGAGGAGCGGCAGCGGAGUAGCAUGGUGCCUUGUCAUUCAGCAGCUCGUCGUGUUCCUUUCCCCACUUCAAGUAACGUUUACACUCUGCAUGUAUACAUCCCGUGACGGCCUUCAUCGGAGUGGCAGAGCUUUACUUCACAGUACAUGCAGGAUGUUUUGCCUUCUAAACAAUACUUUUGCAUCGUUGGACUAGAAGUGUUUACAUUUUUUUUUUUGGGGGGGGUCACAGUCGCCGCUACCGCUGCGCUUUGUGCAGUGACUAGAAUUCGGGGAGAGAGAGAAAUGACGCUGUUUAUUUUUAGAAGCUUACACAUAUUGAUUAUAUUGUGUAUAUAGACUGUAUUAGCUCUCUUCUUAGCUGCAGUGUCGAAAGCCUGACUUUUCAAAAUAAUAUUUUGAUUUACGCUGCUUCUUUUGUUGCCGAAAGGGACACAAUGCUAGUGAAGUAAAAGUGACCGUUUACUUGUGACUGAAACAGGGUGUAUAGAAGGGCCACACUCGAAAAAAUUAUUUACAAAAAAAAAAUAGCAAUACGUGGAUGAAGUUGUGAUAUUGGUAGUAUCAGUAUAGCGUUUAUUCUUCGUUCUCAUAGUAUGUUUUUUUUCCCCCCCCCCCCCUCCCUCUCAGCAUGGCCCUAAUGGUCCCUGAUACGUACCAGCAACAGGCCAAAGCAUGACAAUGUUUACCAACCUCUAAAUCUAAUCUGGGCGAUCAUUUGAUCACUGACACUCGUGACUUAGUGCGACAGUUCAAAGCAACCUUUAGCCAUUAAUGAAGGAAACGUAUUUAUAGCUCGGAUGUGUUUUCUGUGGACUUAACGUACCCCCUUCCGCCCCAAGACUGUGUGACAUGUUUUGCAUGAAAGUUCUAUUUAGUAUGUAGAAUGUGAAAUGCAGAGUUGCCACCAGGAAGCAUGCCAGCGUGCUAGCUUUAGCAUCGCCUCCGCCGCUAACCUCGGUUGAGUGACGCCUCAGCAUUGCACUUUUUUUUUUUUCUUUUUUUUUUUUUUCCUCUUCUUAGAACGUUUGUUGUCUCUCGCUGGAGCAUUUGAAAAAUCACUAAGGACAUUUUGUUGUCGGCUGUCAGCCAAGCAGCAGGGCGUCUUCGUUUAGCCGCGUCCAAUUUCCAGGGUAGAACAAAUAUUCUCGACUUGUUUUGUUUGGCCUUUAUUACCCAGCUGCCAUUUUGGUUUUCAUCUGAAAAAGGUUAUUUGGAUGUGUUUUGUAUCUAUUAUAUUCCAGUGUAGUUUUUAUGUGAGUGGCUGCUAUUUCAACAGAAAUAAAUACAAACAAAUCACACACAAACAAAGGCUUCUGUCAAAGGUGGAUUAUUUCAUGCAAACACUUCAAUUCUGAAUUUUUGUCAAGGGAAAAAUUGCCGCCACAAAGAGCCAGCGUUUAU